AUGGCCUGGAUGGACAAACAAAAUCAAACAAUGCCUGGUGAAUUCAUCCUCACGGGAAUCACAGACCGGCCUGAGCUGCAGGCUCCCUUCUUUGUGCUGUUCCUCACCAUCUAUGCAGUGUCGGCGGUGGGAAACUUGGGCAUAAUCGUUCUCACCAAGGUGGACUCCAAGCUACAGACACCCAUGUACUUCUUUCUCAGAAACCUGGCUUUCAUCGAUCUUGGCUAUUCCACAUCUGUGGGACCCAAAAUGCUGGUAAAUUUCGUAGCUGAUCAAAACACAAUCUCCUAUCACUGGUGUGCUACGCAGCUGACUUUCUUCAUCUUGUUCAUCAUCAGUGAACUUUUCAUCCUGUCGGCAAUGGCCUAUGACCGUUACGUGGCCAUCUGCAACCCUCUGCUCUACACAGUAGUUAUGUCACCGAGAGUAUGCUGGGUGCUGGUCACAGUCCCCUAUGUUUACAGUGCCUCUGUUUCUCUAAUAACUACCAUCAAGAUAUUUAUUUCAUCCUUCUGUGGCUAUAACAUCAUCAGUCAUUUCUACUGUGACAGUCUCCCCUUGCUAACUUUGCUGUGCUCAAGCACAUGGGAAAUCGAGCUGUUCAUACUGAUCUGUUCCAUGUUUAAUUUGGUUUCAUCUUUUCUGAUAGUGCUUGUAUCUUACAUACUGAUCCUUAAGGCCAUCCUAAAAAUGAACACUGCACAGGGCAGGCAGAAGGCUUUCUCCACCUGUGGCUCUCAUCUGACAGUGGUGGCUGUACUAUAUGCCACUCUAGCCUUCAUGUAUAUGCAGCCCAAGUCCAGCCACUCUUUUGAUACUGACAAAAUGGCCUCUGUAUUUUUCACUUUGGUCAUACCCAUGCUGAACCCUAUGAUCUACAGCUUGAGGAACAAGGAAGUAAAAGGUGCUCUGCAUAGGAUGUGGAAAAAUCUCUGCAAAAUUCCUAUCUAAAAGUAAAUAUAGAAGGCAUGCAUGAUAAAUUAGAUUAUGGACAACUGUUUAUUUUCUGUGACAAAUUACUCAAAAGCAGUAAUAUAUGAAAAUCAUGCAAACUAGAAAUGGUUUUUCUGGUGUCAACUGUAGAUGUUCAAGUUGUGAUCAUUCUUCUGUGUCAACUUUGGUUUAACCUCAAGUUUCAGUCCAAGAGACUCAAGUCCAGAUCACUGUUCUCACUUUGCCAAGUGUUUAUGUUUUAAUUGAAGGGAAGCCUUUUUUUUUUUU